AUGGCUGGAUUGAAAAUAAAUCUCAAAAAGAAAACGGGCCCUAAGAAACUACUCAAGAGGGAAUCUGCAGAUGACUCUAAAAAACUAAUCGAAUCGUACAAUGGCGCAUCAGAAACCAAGCACCAAGAGGCUGAACCAUGGGUCAUCAAACCAAAGAAGAUUAGUCGCUCGAUAGUGCAGCCACAACUGCAUAAGCAAGAAGAGCCCGUUGAGAAACUUAAAUAUGGAGUCACUACAUUUGCCAAGACCGAGUCAGUGCAAGCACGCUCCAUUAUAAAGAAGUUGACGUAUGAAUCAGAUUCAGACUCAUCAGAUGACGAUGAUGCGGAGGAUGGUGUGAAGAAAAUUCCCGUGGAGGAAUUUGGUGCCGCUUUUCUUCGGGGAUUGGGAUGGGAUGGGAAAGACGACAAUGAUCAAGGCACAUAUGAAGAGGAUGUCAAGAACCGACAGCGAGGUGUUACUUUGGGAAUUGGUGCUAAGCCGAUUGACGAUGAUUUGGCUAGGGAAUUGCAGAACCAAGUAAACGAUGCACCACUCCUAAAAAGAAGAAAGAAAGGCUAA